AUGACAACAUCAAAUAGUACUUUCAAAGCAGAAUUAGCACGCAUAAAAUCGACACUCUUACCCUCGUCAAAGCAUGCUUACCGACGUUGUGCCAGCUAUAUAGGAAAUGCCGCACACCGAAGUCAAUUCUCGCAACGGAGAUCUUCCCAACUCGGGUUCAGUGAACAAGAGAACUCAAUUCAGCUCGUUGAUGAAGCCAACAAAGAGCAGAUUCCCUCAGCCGACGGCGUGUUCUUGGCUAUGCUAUAUGGCGAUGCCACUUCCUCUUUUGAAUCAGAUUAA